GGCGGGCCGCGUUCCCAGCCGGGCAAAAUGUGAAUGGGCGCGGGGGAGCGCGGGCGGGCAGAGGCAGCGCGGCGGCGGCGGCGGGCUCCGCGGGGGCGCACGGCGGCGGCGGCGGCGGCGGGGGGCGAGCCCCGAUGUGCGGGCGGCGGCGGCGGGCCGCGGCCCCGCUCCGCCCCGGCUCGGCCCCACGCGUGGGCGCUGCGCGGCGCUGAGGAGGAGGAGGAGGAGGAGGAGGAGGAGGAAGGUGGUCGCCGCCGCCGCUGCCGCUGCCGCUGCCGCUGCUGCCGCUGCUGCCGCUCCGCCGGCCCGGCAUGAGCGCGGCUUUCCAGCCCUCGCUGAUGAUGAUGCAGCGCCCGCUGGGAAGCAGCACGGCCUUCAGCAUCGACUCGCUCAUCGGCAGCCCCCCGCCGCCCGCCCCGGGCCACUUCGUCUACACCGGCUACCCCAUGUUCAUGCCCUACCGGCCCGUGGUGCUGCCGCCGCCGCCGCCGCCGCCGCCCGCGCUGCCGCAGGGCGCUCUGCAGCCGGCGCUGCCCCCCGCGCACCCCCACCACCACCAGCUGCCCAGCCUGCCCACGGGCUUCUGCUCCGGCCUGGCGCAGGGCAUGGCCCUCACCUCCACGCUCAUGGCCACGCUGCCCGGCACCUUCCCCGCCUCCCCCCAGCACCAGGAGGCCGCCAGGAAGUUCGCGCCCCCGGGCAGCUUCGACAAGGCCGAGGGGCUCCCCGCGGACGGCGGCGGCGACGACGGCAAAGCCUUCCUGGGCAAGGACGGCGCCCUGCUGCCCUUCCCGGCCGCCGACGCCGUCCAGGCCUCCCUCGUGGGGGCCCUGCGGGGCCCGGGGAAGGAGGACCCCAAAGCCGACGAGGACGCCAAAGGCAAAGAGGAGAGUUUCUCCAUGGACAGCGACCUAGACUACAGCUCCGACGACAACGUCCCCGGCCAGGCGGCCCACAAGGAAGAGGACUCUGGCAACGCGCUGGAGGAAAACCCCCAGAACACCAACAACUCCAACAACACCACGUCCACGGGCAAGAACCGGCGGCGGCGAACAGCCUUCACCAGCGAGCAGCUGCUGGAGCUGGAGAAAGAGUUUCACUGCAAAAAGUACCUGUCCCUGACGGAGCGCUCCCAGAUCGCGCACGCCCUCAAACUCAGCGAGGUGCAGGUCAAAAUCUGGUUCCAGAACAGGCGGGCCAAGUGGAAACGGGUCAAGGCCGGCAACGCCAACUCCAAGACGGGCGAGCCGUCCCGCAACCCCAAGAUCGUGGUGCCCAUCCCGGUGCACGUCAGCAGGUUUGCCAUCAGAAGUCAGCACCAGCAGCUGGAGCAAGCCAGACCCUGAGCGCGCCCUGCCCGCCGAGCCGCACGGUUUGACGCAAAGGUUUCCGUGUCGGGGGUGCAAACCAGCCCGCACCCCCGCCCCCAAAACAAAAAAAAGAAACACGAAAAAAGCAAACGAUCCGACAGCAAAAAUUCCCCCCGCGCGCGCACAGAAAAUCCCAGCUACGAGCGAACUUUAACGCGAAACUUUCCGCAUCCGGAGAGUCUUGAAGGAACGAGGCUUGAAACUGUGGUUUGUUUGGGAGCAGGAAUGUCAAACCCUGGAAGAGACAUGCAGAUAUUUAUUAUUAUUACACUGCCCUACUUUGUACAUACCAGUGCUUUCUCGGCUGCAACGCCUUGGCUGUGAUGGGAGCCAAUACGCGGGACCGCGACAUCGCCGGAUCCAGCAGCAAUUUGCCCGCGCCCCCUUCGCCGGCAGAGACAUCCCCAGCGAACCCUGCAGCGCACAUUUAGCCAUCUUUUGGGUUUUGUUUCUUAUCGGUUCGAAAGGUAAAGACAGAGAACAAAACGAAACAAAACUAAGAGUUUAAUUCCAUGCCUUUUUGGUUAUUUUAUUUUAUUUCGGAUGGCUGAGUGGCAGGCACUGGGUGACCAUUUUUUUAAUAUAUUUUUUGCCUGGCUUUCUGUCGAUUUGGUUUGCCUAUUCUACCAAGCCAUGUUUAAAGAGAGAGAGAGAGGAAAAAAAAAAAGCACGAUCUUCUCUAUUGUGUUUAAUUUAUUUCUAUGUAGCUUAUUUCCUUAUAAGUUAUGAAAUUUAAAAGCAAACUCAGUCUUGUGAAUAAAAACCAACAAAGAAACAAAAAGACAAAAAAAAAAUCCCUCCUGCAC